ACGUUUGAGUUGUUCCGCUCAGAAGCCCCGAGAUACAACAACACACAACGACGUGUUAAUGUGGCAAUUGAUUCCAUCCAAUAUCAACCCGCUUGUCCAAAACCUCACUGACAUGUGAGACACGUAACAUGUACUUCAACUCUUCAAUAACCAUGAUUAAUUCCUAGAAACAUAGAAACAUAGACAAUAGGUGCAGGAGUAGAGGCCAUUCGGCCCUUCGAGCCUGCACCAGCACCGCCAUUCAAUAAGAUCAUGGCUGAUCAUCCAACUCAGUAUCCCAUCCCUGCCUUCUCUCCAUACCCCCUGAUCCCUUUAGCCACAAGGGCCACAUCUAACUCCCUCUUAAAUAUAGCCAAUGAACUGUGUGGCCUCAACUACCUUCUGUGGCAGAGAAUUCCACAGAUUCACCACUCUGUGUGUGAAAAAAAAAUGUUUUCCUCAUCUCGGUCCUAAAAGAUUUCCCCCUUAUCCUUAAACUGUGACCCCUUAUUCUGGACUUCCCCAACAUCGGGAACAAUCUUCCUACAUCUAGCCUGUCCAACCCCUUAACAUGAGCCCCCUAUGGCCUCAUCUUUCCUCUUCCAUCCCCCACCAGGAAGGUCUCAAGCUUCUUCCUAGAACAGGAACCCAAUCACUUUCCCUCCACACCAACACUAUCACCAUCCUGCCUGGCAGAACUUGGCCUAACCCUCAACGCAUUCUCCUUUGAUUCCUCCCACUUUGAUUUGAUUUAAUUCAACUUUAUAGUCAUUGUCCAUAGUACAAGUACUGAGACAACAAAAUGCUUUUACCCAUACAGCCAAACGAAUAAAAAACAAAUAUAAAAGCACAUAGAAACAUAGACAAUAGGUGCAGGAGUAGGCCAUUCGGCCCUUCCAGCCUGCACCGCCAUUCAAUAUGAUCAUGGCUGAUCAUCCAACUCAGUAUCCUGUACCUGCCUUCCCUCCAUACCCCCUGAUCCCUUUAGCCACAAGGGCCACAUCUAACUCCCUCUUAAAUAUAGCCAAUGAACUGUGGCCUCAACUACCUUCUGUGGCAGAGAAUUCCACAGAUUCACCACUGUCUGUGUGAAAAAUGUUUUCCUCAUCUCGGUCCUAAAAGAUUUCCCCCUUAUCCUUAAACUGUGACCCCUUGUUCUGGACUUCCCCAACAUCAGGAACAAUCUUCCUGCAUCUAGCCUGUCCAACCCCUUAAGAAUUUUGUAAGUUUCAGAGCACAGAACACAAUAGUCUACUACACAAACAUCCCCACAGCUGCAUCAAAGUUUCCCACUGUGAGGGAAGACACCAAAGUUCAGUCAAUGUCCUCGUUGAUGUUCCCCAAUGGUCACCCGUGGUCGGGGUCUCCCGAGCCCCCCGCGGUCGCCGCUACGGACGGUCCGAUGCCCAGGCCCUCUCGCCGGGACGAUGGAACUCCGACGUCGGCACCCUCAGCGGCCCGGACCUCCGAAUUGGCCACAUCCCAUCGGAGUCAGCGGCUUCCGAAGUCCACAGGCCGAGCUGGGCGGAGAUUCAACUCUGGCGGCCCUUGGCAAAGGAUCCCAGGACUCCGUGAUGUUGGUCAGCGCCCGGGAGCUCCGUAAACCACAGCCGUGCGAUGUUGAUGCAGCGGGCCCAACACUCCCGAGCUUCAAACGGCGAUCCCAGCGCAACAACUGACAAUUUUGGCGAGUUUUAACGGGCCCGCUACGCUGGAAACAUUGUGACCCGUUUGCUUUUCUGCCCGUCGCACCGAAGCUUCUGGAGAAGCCUUUGUUAAUGCGCAGAUCGCCAGGAAGCCUGAGCGAUGAACCUUCACAAGGUUUGGUUCGGAUGCAAGAGGCUGAUCUGCGGUAACGUCUGCGGACUGUCGGCCAAAGAGGGGACCAUCGUGGCCGGGCUGUUCACCUUGGUCACGUCGACCUUGCACCUCAUCUUCGAAUCGGGCAAUCUACGCAUGUACAAGUUGACAAACCACACCGCUAUCACCAGCGAUGAUAAGCUUUCAUUUCACUUGACCCUUCACCAGUUCUCCCUGACAUCCAUUAGCCUUGUGACUGUGGGCAUCUUUGCAGUCUUCGCCCUCUUCCUGUCCGUCUGGAAGGAGGUAUACUGGGGAAUCGCUGGCUAUAUUGUUUGGAUUGUCUUUUUCGAGUUGGGACAGGUAUUCCUCCUGAUUUUCUUUAUGCCCAAGCAUGAAAACUUUCCAAUGAACAUUAACGCCAUGGAGUCCACAGGAAUGGCCCUCCGUUGCAUGGUCGAGGCGUACUGGAUCAUCUUCUUGACCCGCUACACCCUGGAGCUGUACAGAUUUCAGCAGAGGGUCGACGACUCUGUCAAGGUCAAGCAGAAAGCUUCACAACGACUCAAGUUUGGAUCAGUGGUGGAGAUGGGGGUGUGACCGACACACUCGUGCAGGUGACAAGAUCCUGCAUCUACAAACCCUACUCCGACUGUCCCUUAUUAACCCAUUCUUUUCGAAUUGGGAGUAAACCCUAUCCCAAGGAAUCCUUUCCAGUAGUUUUCCUACCCCACUGAUUUGAGGUCUAUAAUUCACUGGAUUCUCUCUACGUCUCUUAAAGGAAGGAUCUUCGCCUCUUCUCCAGCCACAGGCCAGUUCCCAGAGGAAUGGGGAUGUAGCUAAUGUCGUUCUUUCAUUUAAGAAGCGAAGUAGAGAGAAUCCAGGAAAUUAUAGGCCCGUGAGUCUCACGUCAAUGGCAUGAAGACCGCGGCACCCAGGGGGGAAACUCAUGCGGUCACAGAGAGAACGUGCAAACUCUACACAGACAGUGCCCGUAGUCAGGAUGGAAGCUGGCUCUCUGGCGCUGUGAGGCAGCGACUCUACCACUGCGCCACUAUGCCUACCUUAAAUUACACGAGGUGGGACUAGUAUAGAUUGGGCAUGUGGGCAAAAUGGACAUACGCACACAUACACACAGACAGAUAGCACCCGACGUCAGGAUAGAACUCGGUUCUCCGGCGCUGUGAGGCAGCAGCUUCACCCAGGCGGGUCACAGGGAGAACAUGCAAACUCCAUACACACACAGACACACAGCACCCGAGGUCAGGAUCGAACCCGGGUCUCCGGCGCUCUGAGGCAGCAGCUCUACCAUCUGCGCCACCGUGUCGCCCUACACCCGCUGCUGAAGCUCUGGACUGGUUCCCGGCAGGAAAGUCCGUGUCAAUCCAGUUGGUAGGCAGCGAGGAGGGUGGCGAUGGCUCGACUCGGAGUAUAGUCGCAUCCUCGCCAGGAACUGACUGAAAAACUCCCCCAAAUAAAAUACUGAAAAAAUUCUCCAAAACAUACUUUAAACAAACUAAAAAUAAAAAAAAGAUAAAGAAACAAACAAACAGACUGUAGGCAGAGGUAGCCAUCAUGCAGCGCCCCUGGAUGCCUGUCUUCGGAAGGUUAUGUUGAACCAUCCUACCAUUCGCUGACUCUUAAACGUAUAUGUCUAGAUGGGUCUUUAAUGUGAAGGUCAUGGAAGCUCGGGAACUGAGGGCAGAGUAGAAGAGGGUGAGUGAGAGGGAAGGGGGUGAUGAAUCUGUGGAGAUCGUGGCCACAGGAGGACAUCAAUGGGUAUUUUUUAAGGUGGAGAUCGAUAGAUUCUUGAUUAGUACGUGUGUCUUGAGUUUAUGGGGAGAAGGCAGUUAAAUGGGGUUGAUAGGGAAAGAUAGAUGAGAUUGAAAGGCAAACAAGGUAGACAAAAGUGCUGGAGAAACUCAGCGGGUGCAGCAGCAUCUAUGGAGCAAAGGAAAUAGGCAACGUUUCGGGCCGAAACCCUUCUUAAAGGCAAAUUCCUUGUAUGUGAAUACUGACCAAUAAACUGAUUCAUUCAUUCAAUUACACCUCUUCUCCUCCUUUCAAUCCAAUUGUUGACGGAAAAAAAUGAAAAUACUUGUAUUUGGAACAGGAGCCCAUAAUCAGUCCAACCAACAGCAAGCAAGGCUGAGAAAUAGCUCAUCUGCUUUGUGCCACAUGUUUUAAACUUGAUGGGAGUUUCCUACUUGCAAAUAGGAGGAAUUAAAAUGGAGGAGCCUUUAUGGUUCCAAAGUAUCUGCAGAAAUCUUGAGGGACCAUAGAAUAUAUCGUUAUCAGAUUCAGAUUCAGAUUCAAUUUUAAUUGUCAUUGUCAGUGUACAGUACAGAGACAACGAAAUGCAUUUUGCAUCUCCCUUGAAGAGCGACAUAGCAAACGAUUUGAAUAAAAAAUAAAUAAUAAGUGUCCGGGGGGGGGGGGGUGGGGUGAUUGGCAGUCACCGAGGUACGUUGUUUAGUAGAGUGACAGCCGCCGGAAAGAAGCUGUUCCUCGACCUGCUGGUUCGGCAGCGGAGAGACCUGUAGCGCCUCCCGGAUGGUAGGAGGGUAAACAGUCCAUGGUUGGGGUGAGAGCAGUCCUUGGCGAUGCUGAGCGCCCUCCGCAGACAGCGCUUGCUUUGGACAGACUCAAUGGAGGGGAGCGUGGAACCGGUGAUGCGU